AUGAAGGCGAAGGGUGCCGGCGAGGCUGCCACGGCAACAGCGCCCCGUCUCCAACGGACCCAUCAUCCCCUCGAUCAACCGCCAACAUUUGACGACGCGGGACGAAGGCAGCUGCUCCUCUUGGGGCUGUUCGAUUGGAGGGUCGCCCAUGGGCUGUGGUCGGCAGAAGACUCGGACAAGGCGGAGGCGCUCGAGGCCGAGGACACAGGCGAGGGACACAUCUCGGCUACCGGGGAUGGUGCAAGAGUGUCGCAGAGGCAGGGACCGGGAUCAGGAGGCAGGAUUGCUCGGAAGGAAGGCGAGGGUUACGGGAAGGCACGCAAGACCGGCCCACCCCUCACGCUUGAGCUCCUCGCCUCCUCGACCGCCAAGCAGAUCGUCGCCGUCCACACUCACAAGCAGCUGGCAGCGUUUAGGUCGAGCGUCCCGGGCUGGAAGAAGACUGCCGUCCGUCUAAGCGGCACUCCGACAGCGGCAGAGUCGAUCCAAUUCCCGCCUAACCAGAUCAUCACAUUGGCGGAGCAGACGAUACGAGACGCGCGACAAGAACUGAAGAAGCGCGCCAAUGCCUAG